CAAAGGUUGAACAAGUUAGAGAGAAGUCCGGGAACUAAAUACUCUACAUCAGCUACAUUCUAUAUUUGAUACACUUGCGCUUUUCCAGUGUGUUGACUUCUCUCAUUACUCAAUUCUAUUGGACAACUACGGUAGUAUACAGUAAUACGAUACACCUAGCCACAGGUGAUUAGUUUGAGCAAAACAAAAAUGAGAGUUUCUGAGCUCAGUAUAUAAAUCCCUUAAACCCUACUCUUUGUCUUCAUCCUCUCACUGCCUCUUUUCUCACUCACUGUUACUUCGCUAAAACCCUAAUUUCGCCAUUCCCUUCUCUAAGUUUUGUGUGUAGACAUUUAGAAAUGGCUUUCUGCAACAAACUUAGCGGUAUCUUGAGACAAGGGGUUUCUCAGAGCUCAAAUGGUCCAGUUACAUCUAUGCUUGGCUCUCUUCGUUACAUGUCCUCUAAGCUUUUUGUUGGUGGUCUCUCUUGGGGAACUGAUGACAGCUCCUUAAAGCAAGCUUUCACUAGCUUUGGUGAAGUCACAGAAGCAACGGUGAUUGCAGACAGAGAGACAGGGAGGUCGAGGGGAUUCGGAUUUGUUAGCUUCAGCUGUGAGGAUUCUGCUAACAAUGCCAUAAAAGAAAUGGAUGGAAAGGAGCUGAAUGGUAGGCAAAUCCGUGUGAAUCUUGCAACCGAAAGAUCGAGUGCCCCGAGAUCAUCAUUUGGUGGUGGUGGCGGUUACGGUGGUGGCGGUGGUGGUGGCUACUAAAGCAAACAAGCCAGAGGAUUUGAGAGAGAGAGGAGCCUCAGAACUUUCAGUAGUUAGUUAGUUUGUUUGUUUCCUCUUUGUUUAACUGCAAAUAACCUUAACUGGUUUUGUUAAACUUAUUUAGCCCUGUUUUUUGGUUGUGUCUGAAUACCGUAGUAUUGUUGCUCCAUCUUCUGCAAAUCUAUUAGCAUCGAGUUCGAUUCUAUGUUUACUCUUAUCGUUUAUCUACCCUACCAUUUGUGUUCUUCGGCUUUAUUUAAUUUCCUAAAACAUGAAUUUUGAAUCUUUCAUGUUUCCAUGUCGGUAAUAUAGACUAUAGAGACCAAAAUUUAU